GUUCAUGGUGUUUUCCUCUCCAUUUCUGCAGCGCGCAGGAGGCUCCGUUUAAUGAGACCUUUUGCGUGCGUGAUGUCGUUAAAUCCUCUAAAUCUCUGCGCGGCAGCUGCGGGAUCAGGUUUCCGCAUCGCCUCCUCCCAGAACAUCCAGUCUGCUUUUCUUUCUCUCAGUAUAAGGAUGAAAACCGGUGCGGUGAUGAUGCGGACAAAACCCGCACACCUCUGACAGCGUGGCUGCGAUUACUGCUGUGACUUAAUGCCGGCUUUAACACCGGCAACGUGCGCGCAACUUAGAGAGUCGCUUUGGGCAUCUUAACGCCUGACAGCAUAUAAUUAAUCCAUUAUCCAGAACUUACCCUCAUCAUCAUCAUCAUCAUCAACACAAUAACAACACAGAACAUUUACAACCUGAUAAACGGGAUGCUUCAUGAACUUUUAAGGGCGAUAAAAUUUUAUUGUAAUAUUUGAAUGUUUCUAAUUUUAACAUACAAGCUUCCCUUUCGUGCAAGAUUUUGUGCUGAUCUGUGCCUUAUUUAUUCUUUAUCUUGUAAUAAUAGCCUCGAGCUUAAAGCUUUCCAUACGAUCAUUUAGAUUUCUAUAUUGUAAAGAUUUAAUCAUCCUUUAAAAAAAACAAAACAAUACAAAACAAAACAUAAAAUAUGAACCGAUCCCAGUUGGUCUCUCAUUUAAAUGCUUAAUUAUCAGUGUUUUUGUCUUUGUCGUGUAUUAUAUAUUUGUACAGAUUAAAGGUUGCUGUAUCUUUCCUCGUACCUUUUUUGUACCAUUUGAAUAUUUUUAUAGUGGUGCCAUUUACCUUAAUCCACAUCUACCUUUUACUAGGAAAGUGUAAUUGUUUAAAUUAAAAGGUCUCACCCUUUAAGAGAAAAGGUAGAAAGACAAGUACAGUUUAGUCCCAUUUUGUUCUAAGAUUUUAAGGUAUCCCUGACUACAAAUUCUGUCAUAAUAAAAUUCUCUAUUUUGAAAUUAUGUUUAAAUGAUGUAGGCUGGAUGAUCACUUUAAUAUUAAUAUUAUUCAAAGUAAUAUUUUCUUCUACAUUUUUCUGUAAUUAAAGUUUCCCACGUCUAUGAAUAUGGAUACAAACAUCUCCAUACGAAAGAAAAACGAAAAGAAAUAAAUAAGUGUUCAAACGUGCAACACACUCUCCUUGUUUUAUCUGCUUGUUUUGUUUAUCUGUAACACAAUGCAUGAUGUCUGCUGAUGAAUUAAUUACAACGAAAUAAUGACUAAAUGGAAUCUGGAAUCCAUGGAGGAGGUUUUGAUUAAACGAGAUCUCUAAAAAUAUUUUCACACGUCCAUGCAAUGUUUAAACAAAUUGACAUGGUGUUAAAACUAAAUCAUUCACAUCCUACGUGUCCAUGAGACUAAUAACGGUGCGCAUUUAGUCGCUGGUUUAAAUGUUUAUUUGUUUGAAAUGUUUUCGACUUAUAUAUGGCUGAAAUUGGAACCGCAAAGGAUGAAAGUAAAAGUCUGAAUCUUGAAGUUAAGGAGUCGUUUAAUUGGUACAGAACCACGUGACUGCGGGGUUCUUAACGCGCGCGCUGUCCUGAGGAUAUAGGUGGGCUCAGAGCGCAUUAACCAAGGUUAAUACACAGAAUUGCUCAUCAACACACAGGAAAAGUUUGCAUGCAACCUAUUCAUUAUUACUUACUUCUGAUUUGCCGACUUUUUCUUUCCUCCCCAGACAUUCUCCGCAAGCUGAAGACUUUUUCCUUACAGCUGGGAGUCUCGUGAGCCGAUGAAGGCAGAAGGCGACGCAGGGAGCAGCGGCGCAGGAGGAGGCGCAGGCGGUGGUGCGUGCUGCGUGAACCGGCUACUGCGCGCGGUGGAGAGCGAGCUGCGCGCGGGCCGAGAGAAAGGAGACCCGACGGAGAAGCAGCUACGCGUGAGUCUGGAGGACGCCGAGCUGUGGCGCAAGUUCCGCGAAGUCACCAACGAGAUGAUCGUCACCAAGAACGGCAGGAGGAUGUUCCCGGUACUGAAGGUGAGCGUGUCUGGACUGGACCCCAACGCCAUGUACUCCUUCCUCCUAGACUUCAGCCCAGCUGAUGGUCACCGCUGGAAGUAUGUGAAUGGAGAGUGGGUGCCUGCUGGCAAACCCGAACCCCACAGUCACAGCUGUGUGUACAUCCACCCCGACUCUCCAAACUUUGGUGCACACUGGAUGAAGGCUCCGGUGUCCUUCAGUAAAGUCAAACUGACCAACAAACUCAACGGAGGUGGACAGAUCAUGCUAAACUCGCUCCAUAAAUACAAGCCACAGAUCCACAUUGUCCGUGUAGGAGGAAGCCACAGGAUGGUGACCAACAUCUCCUUCACUGACACCCAGUUCAUCGCUGUAACAGCCUACCAGAAUGAGGAAAUAACCGCUCUGAAGAUAAAAUAUAAUCCCUUCGCAAAGGCCUUCCUGGAUGCUAAGGAAAGAAGCCACCCCAAGAACUUUCUGGAACCUCCUCCUGAGAACCAGCAUGUGGGCAUACCACACUGUGGUUGGUAUAUUUCGAACCCGGACUCCUUUUGUUCCUCUGGCAGCAGUAACUUCCCCUAUGCAGGCGGUUUACCUCUGACUCCUCACCACGGCUAUAAACACUACUCCAGUCUGCAGGGCCAUCGAGCCACUCCGUACCCACCGCCAUAUCUGCACCACCAUCACCAUCAUCACCACCGUGGACACAAUUCAGUCUCUCUGUCUGAGGGUCUGAGUCCAGGUGCUCUGCAGGUGUUCUCAGGCCACGAGACCUGGACAGGUGUUUCUCCUCCUGGUCCUGCAGCGAUGCUGUCAGUGCCGUCUGGUACGAACUCACCUGGAGUCAGCAGUCAGUACCCCUGCCUGUGGACAGUGAGCGGCUGUGGUGUGUCCUCCACUCCUGCAGGAGGUGCUGUGAGCUCCACCCAGUGUCAGGAGGAUCGACCUGAUGCAGGAUCCGCCUCCGCUUCACCAUGCUCGCUCCUUCAAGGCCAAGGUCCCACAAGUGCAGAUGUCUCGGAGCAAGCCAGCCAUAACCGAGUGGGAGGGGCUAGCUGGUCAGCAGGCUCCACCCACUCCUUUUAACCCGGCUUAAGGGAAGUCAUGCAACUGCUCACAUAACCUCUCAUCUCUCUAUGGAGUUCCUUAAUGCCAAAAUAUUGUUUGUGUAUCUGAAGAAUACAAUUUCAUUAUUUUCUGUACACAUGCUCAUCAUUUCUUGCAGCUCGGCGAUUUCAUCUUUACACCGAUAACCAUUAACUAUGACGUCUGCAGACUUUAAACAUUCUUUUAAGAAACAGGAAAGAAGAGGGCAAAAUGCAGACGCAAAACACCAACCUGACAAAAAAAAAAAACCCACACAAUUCGACUUUUUUUUUUUAACCUCAUUUCCACACAAAACUUAAUUUUAGCUGCAAACCAGACUAGAAAUAGAGUUACAUCAUAAAAUUUAAGAGCCAAUCAGAUUUCAGUAUGCAAAUGCAAGGGUGUAGUGUGUCGUUUAUGACUGAUCAGGAAUCACAGAAUGUCAUUUCUUAAUUCUGGUUUCAGUAAAAAUGCUUCUGUGUCUUCAUCUAACCUCAUGAUAAAUCCAAGUGAUAAAACCUCAUAAGGUUCAAAAACUAACCCAAACAUUUCUCCAUAAUCUUAACUAACACAUUCAUACAUUUUCAUAUAACAUAUAAACUGACAGGGGGGCACGGUGGCUUAGUGGUUAGCACGUUCACCUCACACCUCCAGGGUUGGGGGUUCGAUUCCCGCCUCCACCUUGUGUGUGUGGAGUUUGCAUGUUCUCCCCGUGUCUCGGGGGUUUCCUCCGGGUACUCCGGUUUCCUCCCCCGGUCCAAAGACAUGCAUGGUAGGUUGAUUGGCAUCUCUGGAAAAAUUGUCCGUAGUGUGUGAUUGCGUGAGUGAAUGAGAGUGUGUGUGUGUGCCCUGUGAUGGCUUGGCACUCCGUCCAGGGUGUAUCCUGUCUGGAUGCCCGAUGACGCCUGAGACAGGCACAGGCUCCCCGUGACCCGAGGUAGUUCGGAUAAGCGGUAGAUGAUGAAUGAAUGAAUGAUGAAUAUAAACUGGCAAAUGAGACCGUUUCCUGUUUCCGAUGACACUUUGUUUCUGUCAAACGGCCGAGAUUAUUGUAUAAAUAGUGCAAGAGUGUCGUUAUAUAUUGCAAGUGCUUACGUUUACACUCGCUUCAUGCUUGUACAGACGGCGACGCUGAUAUGACUUACAUUUGGGGCAGUGGUGGCUCAACUGGUUAAGGCUCUGGGUUGUUGCUCGGAGGAUUGGGGUUCAAGGCCCAGCACAGUCAAGCUGCCACUGCUGGGCCCUUGAGCAAGGCCCUCAACCCUCCCUGCUCCAGGGGCGCUGUAUCAUAGCUGCCCCUGCACUCUGACCCCAACCUCCUCAGUUGGGCUAUAUGAAGAAAAGAAUUCCACUGUGCUGUAAUGUAUAUGUGACGAUAAUAAAGCCUUCUAUGCCCCCAUUCCAUUCCAUUUGCCGUUUUACUUCUAUUCGCAGAACCAACACUCAAAACCCUACAAAUAUUUUUAUUUCUGCUUUAUCUGUAGGCCCGAAGUGUUAAUUAGGGUUGCCAGGUACGCAUACAAAAAGCAGUCCAAGGCUCAAUAAAAAUCAAUCCAAAAUACUAAAAUAACUUUUGCAUAAAGAAAAAUCUAUUAAUUAAUUAUAUACAAAUCCCAACAUGUGGACCUGGCAACCCUGGCUUCUAUAAUCUCUAACGAUGUGUGUAUAACGUCGGCACAUUUUACUUAUUAUACAUUUUUAAGUGUGGGGAAGCUUCCUGUGAUGUCUGUGGCUUAUCACUGUAAUAUCAUAAUGCCGCAUAAUUCUGUAGGAUGUUCUUGACAUGUCCUUUUCCUCUAUUCUAACUGGACAUGGUGCUUGCUAACGUAUGUAACUCCUGAACAAUAAAAGCACUGUGAACGAGUCG